CUAAAACUUGUCUAGCAAAAAUCUCUGAAAGAGCAGCUAUGGGAGAAUGUAGACCUCUAGGCUUCUUACUAGGAUUACCAUUUGCUCUUGUUGCCCUCGUUCUCUCUCUCGUUGGUGCUGUCAUCUGGAUCAUUGGGACAAUAUUGAGUUGUUUGUGCCCAUGUUGCUUCUGUUUCGCUGCGCUGGCCAACUUCGCUGUGUCUCUCAUCAAACUUCCUGUCAAUGUCCUCCGUUGGUUUACCCACUCCAUUCCUUGUUAACAUCCAGAAACAGGAACACUUCUUUGAUCUUAUUUUUAUUAUUAAUGUUCUUCUUUUUAUUUGUUUUUAUUUAUUUUUUAUUUAUUUACUAAUUAUUAUUUCUUUCAUUCCUUCUUCUUGUGAUUAU